AUUUAACAACUUACAAUAUUAAAAAAAUGUAUAAAAUUUUGCUUGAUAAAGUCAAACAUUGAAAUAUUUAAUGAUCCAUCUAGCUUUCAUUGCUUCACUUCUGCAUUGAAGACAAUUUCAAAUAGUUCUUUUACAUUACAAGUUGUCAUUCACGGUUCAUUAAAAAAAACGUAGAAAAUACCAAGGAAGUUAAGAGAUAUAGCAGUGAAAAUAAGAAUAUUAAACGACUAGGCUCAUGAUGAUCGACGCAUCAGUUUUCGUUCAUAAUUCACUAAAUUUCCAAUUUUUAUCUGUUUGUCACUACAUUUCCUCUCUUGGAAUUAUAUUUCACAACAAAGGCCUAAUUAAAUAUAAACAACGACAUCAAACUAUCCCUGUGCUGAACACUUUCUUUAAAUAUCUUGACGAUUCCAACAAUGAAGCUCAGACAAAACUUGAGCUUCUACAAACUAUAUUGAGGGGAAGUGAUCUUUAUAGUGGUGGCGAAAAUGAAAAACUUGAUGCGACAUACGUUGAUGAAACGUAUGAGUACAUCAUUAAAAUAACUCUUUUUUCGCACUACGACAACAUAAACAUAUAUUUAUCAAGACUAUUAAGCAAGACAUCUUCUAUAACUUAUUCCAAUUUUAUAGAAUUUGUAAGAACUGAGUUCUAUAAAAAAUACGUCAGUAAGGAUUACUGUUUAGGAACAAUCCAAAUUCCAGAACUUAAUUUACUGUCAAGAAAAAAAACUUUUUCUGACUAUAUUCUACCAAUGUUUCCUAAGCCAGACAAUACAAAUAUGAAUAUUAUAGACGAGGAUUAUAUAUACGCAAUGGCUGGUUUAAAAUUGGUUAGAUCUGUACUUAAAGAAACACUAUACGCUUCUUUUAGCGAUUACGUUUCUAUUGCACGAGAGUUUGAUUUAGAGAAUAAAUAUCACAAAAAAGAAAUCAUUGAAAUAAUUUUAGUACUUUUCUCAACACCUGCAGUAUUUAUCCAUGCUUUGAAGGUAAACAAUACACACAGUGAAAUAUCCAAAAAUUUUAUGACAGAGAUGUUUUGGGUUAAAGCAUAUAAACAUUUAUUUUAUUAUCUUGGUUUAGUAGUGAAUAAAAUAGAGAAAAUUCCUAUAUAUCAAAUAUUAAACGAGUUAUAUAUUCCCCACCUACAAAUAAUAGAUCCUAAAUUUGAAUUAACUUUCCGUCUAAGCAAGUUUGGCUACAAAAGUUUGUACAAGAUGAAUUCCUAUAUGCUUAGAAAAAUUCCAAACGAUUUUAGAUAUAAAAAUCUCAAAUUACUAUUAACAUCCAUGUUAGAUAAUUUACAAAGAAAUAUGCAACUGUCAACAACAUUUAAUGGUUUGAUACCGAAUAAAGAGAUGAGUGAAGAAAAUAAUAAGGAAGUCAUUCAAUUCUAUUAUCCCGGAGGUAAAAACUUCUUUGGACCCACUUGUAUUUCUUUAUCGGGAAAAAUUUUAGAAAUGAGAACAAUCGAAAGUAGACAAAUCCGAGUUCCCGUGUUGCCAGUAAUUUUUAAGGGAAACAAAAUUUAUUAUAUGGAAUAUAAUCUUGAAUUUGGUGAAUAUUCUGAUGUAUAUCUGGAAAUGGGUAGAAAUGAUUUUCUUCGCCAAAUUAUUAUACCUUCUUCUGAUGAACACAGACAAUUUACUGGAAGAGGUGGUUUACCUAGUGACGAUAUUCCAGGAUCCUCGGGUAGAUCUGGACAAGUUAUUGGAACAGAAGAUAUUUCAAGUGAUAAUGAUUUUAAUGCUCCUGGAUCUUCGGGAGAAUCUAAACAUGUUAUUGUAUGAGAAGAUUUCACAAAUGAUAAUGAUGAUAAUGUUAAUGAUGACAAUUUGUAUUAUAUCAAGAGGUUUGAAAAAGAACAUUUCAAUGAAAUAAUGGGAUAAAUUUUUGUUUAAAUUGUAGUUCUCACUGGCUGAGAAAUAAUGAUGAGAGGGUUCUUUGAACCAUAUUAAUAAAUAUAACUUUUUUUGCAUUUGAAAAUUUAUUUUUAAAACGUCUUUUGCCAAUACUUUAAAAAAAUAUAUUGGCGCACCUAUAUAAAUGUUUAUCUUUAGUUUUGUAAAAGUUUUAAAGGCCCAUUUUUUUGACCUAUUGAACAUUCUACUGUUAAUUAAAAUUUCCCACUAAAAGUGAUUGAAAUAGUUAUUUACUCCCCUCAGUAAGGGUAGAAUUUGACAAACUCUACCAUUACUGAGGGGAGUAAAUAACUAUUUCAACCACUUUUAGUUGGAACAAACUUUAUAUAUUCUUCCGCCUUUUUGCGGGAAACACAUCCGCCUUGCGGGGAAAAAAAAUUAAGACUCCCCGAAGAAUAAUUUGGUGGCAACGAUCACCUGUUUGUAUGUUAUUUUAAGUAGUAGGAGGGUUGAUUUUGCAAUCAACACCUCGUUGUUUCCAUGCAAGUUUUAGCGAACUUGCAUUUUAUUAGUGGCGUGAUCGGUUUAACCACCUGAGUUACUUUUGUAAUUUAUAUAUAUUUUCUAAUAUUCCAGACUAAUGUGGCAACUUCUAUACAUUGUAAGUCCCACAAUUAGCGAAAUCGAUUUACAAUUUAGUUCGUGUUAUUUCGCACUAUGAAGUUCAAUAAUCUCAAAUCACUUGCGAAAUAACCAUUGAUUUCAAAAUUAAAAUAAAUAAAAAAUAAAAUUAUAAAUAGUUAUUAAAUUAAUUUGAAAUAGUAAUUGAGUAUUUAGCAUUAGAAAAUUUAUAGGUGUGUGUAUUGUGUAUGUUGUUGGUGUAUAAUUUGACAACAUAUUUGUAAUAUACAUAUAUUAACAAAUAUUAUUUUUAAUAAAUAAUAUUUAAUAAAAAAAAUUAAAAAUUUA